GCUGUUGGACAAGGGAUGAGAUAUAGCAAACGAGCGCCUAUAACACAGGACAACAACACAGCCAAACGUGGACGAGGACUUUACGCGAUAUUUACCUACCUUGGAACAAGAUAAAUUAUUUACAAAAACCAUGUUGGAUUGACUGGAGAAAAACUCUAAUCAAUGGAUUGGUUUUGAGAUCGUUUGGUAAUAUUAUCACUUCAGGAGUCUGAGAGAGGGAGAGUGAGCGCGCGCCUCUGUGUGUGUGAGUCUGAGUGAAAGGACCGAGAAGGAGCGGGAGAGAGAGGGAGGGGAGGGAGGUGGGAUCAAGGAAGAUAGAUUCUUUCAGUGAUGGAACUCACAAUGGAAAACCUUGGAAACCUCCACGGCGUCUCGCACUCACAGGCCGGGGAACUGAUGAGCUCCACGCACGCCCGGCAGUCCUCCGCCCCUUCACACAGGAACCUGGUUUCUCACACACACGGCCGGUCGGCCAUGGUGUCCAGUAUGGCCGCGAUCCUGGAUGGUACCGGGGACUAUCGGACAGACCCCUCGGCGCUCUCUGGCCACCUCCACCCGGCUAUGAGCAUGUGCGAGUCCGGGAUGAGCCUGAGCAACACCUACACCACACUGACCCCUCUCCAGCACCUACCUCCCAUAUCCACGGUCUCCGACAAGUUCCACCACCCACACCCACACUCCCACCACCACGCAGCCGCCCACCAGCGACUCUCCGCGGGGAACGUCAGCGGGAGCUUUACGUUGAUGAGGGAUGACCACCGGGGGCUGGCGUCUAUGGGAAACCUGUACGGCCACUACCCUAAAGAUAUGUCCGGCAUGGUCCAUGGGUCACUCUCCCCGUUGUCCAACGGCCUCGGCUCUUUGCACAACUCCCAGCAGACGCUCUCAGCCUACGGUCCAAGUGCUCACCUUAGUAAUGAUGCCAAGAUGCUCUCUCCCGUGACAGGCUUCGAGUCCCACGCCGCAAUGCUGUCCCGGAGCGAGGAGCACCUUGCCAGGGGUUUAGGUGGCCAUGGGCAUGGCAUGAUGUCCAACCUCAACGGGAUGCACCAUCCGCACAGCCACCUUCACUCCCAGGCCAAUGGGGCAGCGAUGCUGGCCGAGCGAGAGAGGCACGGGGCUGGGUCCGGCCAGGGAGGAGGGUCGGGAGGGCAGGCAGAGGAGAUCAACACGAAAGAGGUGGCUCAACGGAUAACGGCAGAGCUGAAGCGUUACUCAAUUCCCCAGGCGAUUUUCGCCCAGAGGAUCCUAUGUCGGUCCCAAGGAACCCUCUCGGAUCUUCUGCGGAACCCCAAGCCGUGGAGUAAACUCAAGUCAGGCCGGGAGACGUUUAGGAGAAUGUGGAAGUGGCUCCAGGAGCCCGAGUUUCAGCGGAUGUCUGCCCUUCGGUUGGCGGCCUGUAAGCGGAAGGAGCAGGACCAGGGUCGUGAGAGGAACCUGGUCCCCAAGAAACAGCGGCUGGUAUUCACGGACCUGCAGCGCCGCACGCUGGCGGCCAUCUUUAGGGAGAACCGCCGUCCAUCCAAGGAGAUGCAGAUCACCAUCAGCCAUCAGCUAGGCCUGGAGCUCUCCACCGUCUCCAACUUCUUCAUGAACGCUCGCCGACGCUGCCACGCCGACCGCUGGGGAUCCACUGGAGGCGCAGAGGGGAAUGAGCACUCGGGUGUGCACGGGAGCGUGCACAGUCACAUGCAUGCUCAUGGCAACAACAACAACGCUGGUUCGUCCCCGGCACAACCGGGCACCUCCUCUGCUACCACCUUCUCCAAGGCCUGAGAGGGAGGGGAAGAGGGUGGUGGGAUCUAAAGCAAAGGUCACUGACCCUGGUGGUCCUGGAGGGCUCUAGUGUGUGCAUGCUUUUGUUCCAGCCCAGCACUAACACACCUGAUUCAACUACUGAGUUGAAUCAGGUGUGUAUGACCAUUGGUCUGAAGGUGUCCUCUUUUUGUGCUGAAUCUCACCCUUUACUCCAUUUCGUUUUGUCUGUCAGAAAUCAAAGAAUUUGGGAUACCAAUACACCCUCCACAAUGGGUCUGGGGAGGGUGUAUUGGUAUCCCAAAUUAUCCUCAGACACUUUAGUUUGAGCAAAUCUGUCAGUAAACCAAAGAAAAAACGUUCCAGAGAAAUUCUGAGGGUCGGUUCAAAUCUAAAAUAGCUAAGAUCAGUUAGGCCCACAGAAUAGCUUUCUCUCACUUUUGGGAUUGAUCGGUCCACAAGCUUAAGUUUUUGACUAAUGGACCAAGCAAAUACACCAAAGACAAGCCCAUGGUAAUAGACCUAACUGCACAACAUCAGUGGCCAUGUGUGUGAAAAAGGCAAGGAGAAAUAUGCAGACAUGUCCUCUUGUCCUCUGCUCAGUCAGAAAAAUACACCUUUCACUGUGUGUGUGUGUGUGUGUGUGUGUGUGUGUGUGUGUGUGUGUGUGUGUGUGUGUGUGUGU